CAUGCGCGCUCAUCAACCACCAAGCAUAUGUCUCUCCACGCACCUUGCUCUGUCCCGUAUUGUUCUCGGAGCCGAUGAAUGUGGCUUAGAUGCCCCUGCACUCAUACGCUUUCAGCCGGUGUACCAGGUUAUUCUCAGGCCUCUUCGACGUCUGUAGUGGGCCGUCGCAGACAUCUAUUUUCGUACCAUCUAUUAUUCCAUUACUCCUUUCCUUUGUUAUUCCAACGAAACCGUCGACCAUUUUAUUCCAACACGCAGUUGUCGCUACGUGAUGAACAGCUGCAUCGCUCCGCAGCAGCAUAUUUUCUUCAAGGAACAAAGCAACAAUGUCCGCACAAUCAUCUUCGGGAGAGAGCUCCAAGGAAGUAAAGAAGAUAGUUUCAAGAAGGUCACACAAGAAGUCUCGAAAUGGUUGUGGUAAUUGCAAGAAACGCAGAAUCAAAUGCGACGAGACGAAACCCGGCUGCGUUAAUUGCAUCGAAUUCUCAGUGCAUUGCGAUUUCAUACCAGGAACCUCACCAGCAUCAUCCAUAACUACAAAUCCAACGCCGACCCGCCGGCGCCGUGGCAGGCCACGCAAGAAUUGGGACCCUCCUGUCUCCCCAGCGAUAGAUGCUUCGUCUGCUGUCCCGAAGCCGACAUUGGCUCCUGAACUGGAUAUUUCUCAGUUAGAGCUUCUGUUCCAAUUUACGACCUACACAUACAGCGCUCUUGCAGAGGGCGUACACAUUGAAUUGAUGUGGCGUGUAAACAUACCGCAGCUCGGUUUCACUUAUCAUUGCGUCCUCCACCUUAUCCUAGGUCUGGCGGCACUGCACUUAUGCCGUCUUCGGCCACAUCAACGAGAUCACUAUUUCGCACUAGCCGAAAAUUACUGGACAAUUGGCUUGAAGCAAGCUUCUGACCUCCUGCCACAUCUCAAUGCCGACAACUGCCAGGCUGUUUAUGUCUCGGCCCUCCUUGUCUGUUUUUAUACCUUCGCUAAAGGCCCUAGACUCGGUGAUUACCUUAUUUUCAGUGAAAAUGGGCCGUCGGAAUGGUUUCCGUUACUCCGGGGUGUACGAUCAAUAAGUGAAGUAAUGGGCGGGAAUGUUUUCAACGGCCCACUGGCACCCAUGCGUGCUGGUCCUCCUCGCUCUGAGCCAAUUCAGACGACUGCAGUGGAAAAAAAUAUGCCUCGAGUUGAGUGGGAGGAGCCUAUCCAGAGCCUUCACGACUUUAUCACUGCAUCCAACGAUCCUAAUACGACGACGUAUCUGUCCUCCAUAGGAAGGCUGGCACAGUGUUUCGAAGCGACCUAUGGAAAGUAUGGCGACGACAAAUACGAGGGUGAGGGUAAAAACCAAGUCGUCAUGAUUUGGUUCUACACAAUGGAAGAGGAUUAUAUUCUCUGCCUACAGCAGAAACAGCCCAUCGCGCUCAUUCUACUCGCAUACUUUUGUCCGUUGUUGAAAACGCUGGACAGCGCCUGGUUUAUGCAAGGCUGGCCUGAGCAUAUACUGGCUGGUACGCACAGGAUGCUCGACGAGGAACAUCGUGCUUGGGUGCAAUGGCCCACGUCGAUAGUUGGGUGCCAUCAAUGGGGAUGACGAACAACAAGACUACUCCUUGUUGACACGCCUCCGAACUUAAGGGCACGAACAUCACAUUGGUUCCAGAGGCUUCCCAGGCCAUAACACAAUUGGUGUCUAUGAAAGGCACCCUCAACGGUCAUCACCAACUCGGAAGGCGCAUUCAAACAAGAAAAGGGGGGCUUUGCAUACUCCAGGGAUUCUCCCAUAGCCGGUCUUGCAAAUACUCUGCUCUACAACAAAUUGGAGUUUAUUUACGCCACUCGACGACCUAAGCUGGUGUCAGC